CUUUCCAAUAUCAACUUGGAUCUUUCAAUUGUUUCCCAUAUAUCAGCUUAUAUACCACGCGAAGGGAUUUACUUCACCGAAUCAAUUACCCAGUCUGUUUUUACUAGCCUUUUUCACGUUGGAUACAGAUUGCUCUACCAAUUAAUUUAAUAUAUACAUACAUCCAUAACCAAUCACCAUGGAUAUCGUGUUAGGUAUUAGAGUCCAAGAUUCUACCAUCAUUGCAACUUCGAAAGCAGCCACUAGAGGUAUUUCUGUAUUAAAGACCACCGAUGAUAAAACUCGUGCAUUAAAUACUCACAACUUACUUGCCUAUACCGGGGAAGCUGGUGAUACCGUUCAAUUUGCAGAAUAUAUCCAAGCUAAUAUUCAAUUAUAUACAAUGAGAGAAAACGAUAUAGAAUUAUCUCCAAAAGCAACUGCAUCUUUUGUCAGAAAUGAAUUAGCCACCUCAAUCAGAUCCCGUAAACCCUUCCAAGUCAAUGUUUUACUCGGAGGUUUUGAUCCAAAAACUAAUACUCCAAGUUUGAACUGGAUAGAUUACUUAGGUACUCAGGUGGAAUUACCGUACGCUGCCCAUGGGUACGCCGCCUUCUACUGUACUUCAUUAUUGGAUAGACACUAUAGACCCGAUAUGAAACUCGAGGAAGGUUUGGAAUUAUUGAAAUUGUCCUUAAAAGAAUUAGAAACUAGAAUGCCAAUUGACUUUAAAGGUGUCUACGUAAAAGUCGUUGACAAAGACGGUAUUAGGGAUGUGGCAGAAUAUUAACUGAUUAAAUGAAAUACAAA